AUGGAUAUCCUCUCCCUUCUGCCCGGCACCAUGGCAAAUUUGCUUCCCGCCAUUGGCGGAUCUACCCUGUCGUCUCUAUCGCGCAAUCAGAACCGUACCAUGGCGACAAAGAGUUCGGCAGGGAACGCAGCAAACCGGAGGCAGUCCAAGACGACGAUAUUGAAGUCGAGCGAAUCCUUGACAGGCAUGUUGUUCGCCGAGGUCGUUCGCGUAGAGGUGAAGUCAGUCACAGAAGUCCGCCCUACCCAUAAGGCGCAGCCAGACGUCAAUCCCGAGGUCGCGUCGGAGGAAGAAGCCACAUUUGUGGCAGGCGAGUUAACCAUUGAACAGAUGCGGGAUACGCGUGCUAUUGAAGAGCAAAGAUCGUCGAUCCUGAGUAGGACACUCCGGUAUAGAGACACAUUGAUUCAUAUCCUAGUGAAAGAAACUAAGGCUACGAAGCUCUACCGUGUCAUUUCUGGACCUGGAUAUUUCCGAACACCAUUCUUCCAGGUCUGA